AUGGAUCCAUGGAGACCUAACCGGCCGGAAAAGCGGGAUGACUUUGAGGUCGCUAUCAUUUGUGCUCUGACUCUCGAGGCUGACGCCAUCAUCGCUCUAUUCGAUUAUCACUGGGAAGAUGAUGGGCUUUCCUACGGCAAGGCCAGAGGGGACCCUAAUGCUUAUUCCACUGGUGUCAUGGGGCAACACAAUGUGGUGUUAGCCCAUCUACCAGGGAUGGGUAAAGUCUCAGCAGGCAACAUCGCUGCCUUUUGCCGCAUGAGCUUUCCCAACAUCAAGCUAGCUCUACUUGUCGGUAUAUGUGGCGGCGCGCCUUAUGAUAACAAAAGCAAAAGCCAGAUAUGUCUUGGCGACGUGGUCAUCAGUACUGGUAUUGUUCAAUAUGACUUUGGUCGUCGUUUUCCGGAUAAAUUCGAGAUCAAGGAUAGUCUCAAUGAUAUCCCUGGAAGGCCAAAUGUUGAGAUCAGAAAUUUGUUAUCAAAGCUGAUGACAGCGAGGGAGAGUGAACGCUUGCGGACAGAAAGUUGGAAAUAUCUGAAUGAGCUAUGCCAGGACGUGAAGAGACCGGCCGUCUUCCCAGGACGAUCAAAAGAUCUCCUUUUCCCAGUUCACUACCGCCACAAACACCAAGACUCUCUGACGUGUAUGACAUGUGCAUCGUGCCACCACGAAUCAGAUCCAGUUUGCGACAUAGCCCCUACCUCAAGCUGCGACCAGCUGGGAUGCGAUACGAGCCGAUGUUUACAAAGAGCCAAUCGGGAGGAAGAUGGACUUCACCCACUUAUCCAUUAUGGUGUAUUCGCGACGGGGGAUACAGUAAUGAAGUCUGCAAGAGAUCGUGAUCAUAUCACGAAGAAGACGCAAGCUUUGGGGUUCGAGAUGGAGAGUGUCGGCGUAUGGGAAGUCUUCCCAUGUGUUGUGAUCAAAAGUGUAUCCGAUUACGCUGAUAGCCACAAGACCAAGGACUGGCAGCCUUACGCUGCUGCUUGUGCAGCAUCAUAUGCGAAAGGAUUCCUUAGAUACUGGGAUUCAAACAGGAAAGAAGAGUCUGUAUCCGAGCCUGAGCAGUUUCGGAAACGGAUUAUUCAAAGCCUCAGCUAUUCAGACAUGAACGAAAGAAGAAAUAAUAUUUCAUCAGAGGCCCCGUCUACAUUUAAUUGGAUCUUCGAGGAAUCUGUCGAAGAUCCUGUGGAACAAGACUUGGAAUGGCCCUCAUCCCAAGAUUCGGAGACUAAUAGACACCCGGAAACUGAAUGGGAAACUGACACGACAUCAGACGAGGAGUCCGGACAAGAAGAAUCCCUGGAAGAUGAUGAAGGCGAUGAGGCGGGCUGGGAAACAACAUCAGACGAGAAGUCUGGAGAAGAGGAAUCUCCUGAAGUGGGAGAUGACACGGACGCAGGCUGGGGAACAGAAUCAGAUGAGAGAUCUGAUACCUUGGAAGAUUCUACCCCAAGCCAUAGACAACAGAGAAAUUGGGACAGCUUUGUUGAUUGGCUGAAGUCGGAUCUGCCCGUUUACUGGAUAACUGGGAAGCCAGGUUCCGGGAAGAGUACUCUCAUGAAAUACCUCAUAUCGGAUUCCAGGACACCAGCUGCGUUGAAGAAAUGGAAGAAAGACGCAAUAAUCAUUGCACAUUUCUUCUGGAAGCCAGGUAGUACGAUGCAGCACUCCUUCAAAGGUUUUCUCUGUUCAUUGGUGCGUCUAAUCCUGACGAGCGACAAGAGCAUUUCAAACAGCUCUCUUCAGAGGAUGAUCACAGAUGAAGAUGGAAAGUAUUCACCAAGUGAUUGGGACCCGCGCGAACUUAAAAAUCUGCUACUCCACUACCGAAAUCAUUCCUCGCAGCCUAUAUGUAUCUUCAUCGACGCCUUGGACGAGAUUUCGCCGGAGCAGGAUACACUCGAUACGCUACAAAUGCUCGGAGCCCUUAUCUCCCCUACUAUUAAACUCUGUGUCUCAAGUCGACCUGAGCGUCUGUUUCGUCUCCACCUCCAAGACAAACCUAGACUUGAGAUCCAUGAGUUGACGGCACAGGAUAUAGAGCAAUACAGUAAGGUUUCCAUACGGAGUUCCAUCCUGCAGGAACCACAAGGUCUCAAAGCCUCGGAUCUAGCACGACGUAUAAGGGAAAUGUCCGAGGGCGUUUUCUUGUGGGCUGUGCUUGUUACGCGGUCGUUGAUUCGAGGCAUCAACAACGGCGACUCGAAUACAGAUAUUGAUCGGCGAUUGAAUUCUACGCCUCGAGACCUUAUGGACCUAUACCGGGAUAUUCUAUUGCGGUCUGCUAUUGAUCGUGAUAUAUAUCAGCAAUCCGUAUCCUUGAUCUUCAGCCUGGUUUUUGCUGUAAAAAGCAUACCCAUGUCGUUGUUUGAACUCAUGAUGGCAACGGAUGGUCGACUGUUAGAUCAGUUUGUCGUCCAGCAGAAGAGUAUAAUCGUACAAGAUCUCGAGACUAAGCGCUUGCGCAUGAUGAAUACCUUAGAAGCUGGUUGUGCCGGGCUACUGGAUCUAAAUGGCAACAUACAAGACAGCCCUGCCGAUUCUGGCUUGGAGGCCCUGAUUUCCGGCUUGGAAAUGAGACUAUACUUCAUUCACAGGAGCGCCGAAGAGUUCUUGCUCGAUACAGAAGAGGGCCGCAAGCUCUGGGAGUCUUGCCCUUGCUCACGAGCAGAGCUCUUGAUUCGAAGAACCAAAGCUUCCCUAGCCUGGUUUGAACUAUACACCUCACUUAAUAUUGAGUCGAGAAUGAGACGUUGCACAAUCUUAGACUUGAAUUACACCUUAGACCUAUGGAUGGACGUUGCAAGCCUCCCAGAUGAAGUUUCCGCCUCUACAUUGAACCUUGCGCAGAGAAUGUACGAGCGAGGAUCCAUACUGCCACCUAUGAAGCACGCCUACGACGAUCUCAUCGUUUCUCGAUCUCACCGGAGCCAGAUUUCAUUUUAUGCAGCGACGUACGAUCUCUUUGCAUUAGCAAAACAAAAUUUGGCAACUCUUCCAGAUUCUGAGAGCCACGAGACUGCCUAUUGUAUAUUUUAUUAUUCUUGUACCAGGGUCCAUGAACCAGAUGAUGACGGGAACAUGCUGGAGGACCAUGACGUGAUCCAGAUCAUGCUCAACGAUGGUUACAACCCAAACUGGCCUGGCAUAUCAGAGACGAGCACUUGCAAAUUUGGCAGUCCUUGGCUUCGAUAUCUCCUAUCGCUAUACGGGGAACUUUCCCAUAACCCGGAAGAUAUACUCAACUCGACUCAGGCACUUACGGUCUUAGACACUAUACGUAUGUUCCUGAACUCUGGGGCCAGUGUCCAUUCUAGGUUCAAGACAGUAUUCAUGUGGUCUGGAUCGGGCAUUGGAGGGAGUUAUGCAGGCUUCCGUCUUGCUCCUUUUUGGUGUCAUGCCGCCGAAGCCUCAGUUGAGUCGUCCAGCCAUGAAUUCUUGGUCCUGGAGAUAAAUGCCAAGGUUUUACUGGAGUCCAUACUGGUUCAAGUGCACAGAGUAAUACGUCAUGCGUCCCGUUUGAAGGUUCCGGAGGCUGCGCCUCACAUGAAAGCUCUUGCAUUCGGUAAUUACGAGAAAAGCUAUUUCAUCGUGGAUGCGGACUGGAUGUCAGACUUGCUUGUAGAAGGUGUAAAGCUCUGGUUUCAGCAUGGUUUGAAGAAGCACGAUGGUAAGAAGCUGAACAGCAAAGUUAUGACGAUUUGUAGUUACGCGACUGAAAAGGCCCGUGAAUCGUGCCGUCGAGGCCCGUGGCCAUUCGAGUUGUCUUACGAUAGUUAA